ACGUAGUAGAUUUUAAACCAAAUCACUAUCCCGCUUUCAAUUCUCUUCUCUUCAUAGCUGUUUUCAACAAAAACUCUUUCUUUUUUUUCUUUCUCUAUGUGACCUUUUGUCUCCCUUCCAAUGGAGCUGGUGGUGGAGCUUGCAGCAUAAACCCCAGAAUUCACUAAUCAAGAUUUAGUAUCCGGAGUUCUUUUGGAUCUUGUAGAGAUGAGGAAGAGUGGCAUUUUGAAAGCUGGAGAAGUUCCAAGUCGAUUGACUCGUGCUCGAGCGGCUGCUUUAAGUGCCACUGGACAGUUGCCACCAUUGAAGAAGGUAGCAGAAGAAAGUCAGAAGAAUCCUCUAAGAGCCAAUUCAAAAAGAGCAGUUUCCGAUGAUACGUAUCUUCCGCAUAAGAAGAGGGCAAUUCUUCACGAUGUCACUAACAUUCGCUGUGAGAAAACUUAUCGGAGCGGUUUAAAUCCAACUGAAAAUCAGGCUAAGAAAAGAAAGCUGACUAAACCCGCUCAACCCGAUGACUCAAAACCGGUGAAAUUAUCAGAAAUGCGGCUUAGAUCAUCAGAAGAUGUCAUGUGUUCUGUUAAGUUGGAAGACAAUGAACCAAUUAGGCUGACUGCCAAUCAUUGUGGUACAAAUAACAAUCUGCUUCACAGUCAGACGUCUCGAGUAGAUUCUCAGCUUUCGGUUUCUGAAAAGAAAGCUUCACAAACUGUUGCAGACAAAGGUAACAUUUCUGAACUUUUGGAUGUGUCAAAGCAUCCGGAUGUUGCUGACAUAGAUGCUGAUUUUGAAGAUCCUCAACUUUGCAGCCUCUAUGCUGCUGAUAUAUACGAUCACAUGCGUGUUGCUGAGCUGUCGAGAAGGCCUAAUCCUAACUUAAUGGAAACAGUACAGCGAGAUAUCACUCCAAGCAUGCGUGGGAUACUUGUUGAUUGGCUUGUAGAGGUUUCCGAGGGAUACAAAUUGCAAGCAAACACUCUUUACCUUGCUGUAUAUGUCAUGGAUUGGUUUCUCUCAAAAAGUUUCAUCGAAAGACAUAAACUUCAGUUGCUCGGCAUCACUUGCAUGCUAAUAGCCUCAAAGUACGAAGAAAUUAACGCCCCCCAUGUUGAAGACUUCUGCUUCAUCACAGACAACACAUACACAAAAGAGCAGGUACUACAGAUGGAGUCUCUAGUGUUGAAGUCCCUUGCAUAUCAACUAUUUGCUCCUACUACAAAAACUUUUCUCAGGAGAUUUCUUCGAGCGGCACAAGCUUGUUACAAGAGACCAAGCAUUGAGUUGGAGUACUUGGCGAAUUACCUGGCAGAACUAACAUUGAUGAGCUAUGGUUUCUUAAAUUUCCUUCCUUCAAUGAUUGCUGCAUCUGCCGUGUUUCUCGCACGAUGGACAUUAGAUCAGUCAAACCACCCAUGGAAUCCAACUCUCGAACACUAUGCUUCUUACGAAGCAUCGGAUUUGAAAGACGCGGUUCUUGCAUUACAAGAUCUACAACUGAAUAGCAAUGACUGUCCUUUAACCUCAAUCCGCACCAAGUACACACAAGACAAGCUCAAAUGUGUAGCAACUUUGUCUUCGCCGAAAUUGCUUGAAACAAUGUUUUCAAGAUGAAGAUGAUGGACAAAUGAUGAAUGCAAGGGACCCUUAAUUUGUAACAUUUUAGAUGAUAAAGUUGUACUUUUGUCACAAAAAGGAGACAUGUUCUGGUUUUAUGUUUCAAAACAGCUCAUCAUGUAUUAUUUUUUUGUAUAUACAUUUAAUCACUAUUUUGGUUACUUCUACUUCGUCUUUAUGAACAAUGGAGAUGAAGAAUGUUGUCUUGAAUUCGGAUGGUUGGUUGUUUGUUACUGUGAUAUGAGAUUGCUUAAGACUAAUUAAGUACA